AUGUCAUUCUUUUACCUGCUGGCCUUCUGGCUGGCUAGCCUCUCCCUCGUCUCGGCGCAGACAUGGUCCGACUGUAACCCGCUCAAAGAGGACUGCCCCAACGACCCAGCCCUGGGCUCCGAACACUCGUGGACCUUCAAUGAGACGAUGAACGCCAAGCUCUGGAACACCACCAAUGGCGAAAUCGACUGGACCGAGAAGGGCGCCGAAUUCUCCAUCAAGGAGAAGCUCCAGUCUCCCACGUUACAAUCGACCUUCUACAUCUUCUUUGGCGUCGUCGAGACCCACCUGAAGAUGGCCAAGGGCAACGGCAUCGUCAGCAGUGUGGUGCUGCAGUCCGACGACCUGGACGAGAUCGACUGGGAGUGGAUCGGCUCCAACAACACCGAAGUGCAGUCCAACUACUUCGGCAAAGGCGAUGACUCUUCCUUCGAUCGCGGCGGGUACCACUACGUUCCCGAUGCGGACACGGAGUUCCACAACUACACAACCUACUGGGAUCAGGAUAAGCUGGAGUGGUGGAUCGACGACGAACUCGUCCGGACCCUGAAAUACGCCGAAGCGAAGGACGGCUCCCGCUACCCGCAGACUCCCAGCAACAUCCGCUUCGGCAUCUGGCCCGCCGGAGAUGGGGACAACAAGGAGGGCGUUAUCGCGUGGGCCGGUGGCGAGGUGGAUUAUGCCGCUGGUCCCUAUACCAUGGUCAUUGAGAGCGUGCGCAUUCAAGAUUUCCACUCGGGCAAGGAGUACGAGUACACAGAUGACUCGGGCUCGUGGGAGAGUAUCAACGUGAUCAAGGGUAACUCCACCGCGGUGGAAGAAAUCAACAAGCCUCCGCCCAAGUCCCUCUCCGAGAAGUGGGAUGACCUACCGACAGGCGCCCACGCCGGCGUGUUCGUCGGUGCGGCCACAGUCGGAGCCAUGCUGAUCGCGGGCUUCAUCUUCUUCAUCAUCCGGCAGCGCAGAAAGGGACGUCUCGAACAGGCCCUCGACGACACCAACUGGAAUAACGAGCGCACCGAGCGCACCGAGAUGAGCAACGCGCAAUCGGACUGGAGGCAGAGCGAAUGGCGGCACAAGGGCUACUCCCAGGUGAACUAG